GAUUAAUAGAAGAGUAAACAAUAAUGCAGUGGCGGACAGGUUCAAAUCCGGGAAAAGCAAAGGCCGCUUCUCCUGUUUAAUAUUUAGUGGCUAUCUGAAUUUUGCUUAAGGAAGGCUUGGUACUGCGGCUGUUAAGGGUUGUAUUACAGGACACAGUCUUUUACGUCUCCUUCCCUCCUUUGAGAGGAAUGUCCCUGAGAGUCUACUGUGCCACUAUAUUUACAUAUUCUGAUUUCUUUGCUUUUUUUUUUUUUUUUUUUUUUUGGAAAGGCCUGCUUCACUUCUUGGGUGUUUUCCAAUAUGAACAGUGUAGUAGUUGAUACCCCCUACUUCGGCGGCCUCCCCACAUUGGGCUUGUGGAAUGGAUUUAGUAGGGUAGUUGAAGCCCUGCGCCUCAUUUCUUCUUCCCCUUCCCGUCUUGCUUUCUUCCAGGACCGUCACGACGGCACCAGCAACGGGACGGCACGGUUGCCCCAGCUGGGCACUGUAGGUCAAUCUCCCUACACCAGCGCCCCGCCGCUGUCCCACACCCCUAAUGCCGACUUCCAGCCUCCCUACUUCCCCCCGCCCUACCAGCCUAUCUACCCCCAGUCGCAAGAUCCUUACUCCCACGUCAACGACCCCUACAGCCUGAAUCCUCUGCACGCCCAGCCGCAGCCGCAGCACCCGGGCUGGCCCGGUCAGAGGCAGAGCCAGGAAUCUGGGCUCUUACACACACACCGGGGCUUACCCCACCAACUGUCGGGCCUGGACCCUCGCAGGGACUAUCGGCGGCACGAGGACCUCUUGCACGGCCCGCACGGGCUCGGCUCUGGGCUCGGGGACCUCCCGAUCCACUCCUUACCUCACGCCAUCGAGGACGUCCCGCACGUAGAAGACCCGGGUAUUAACAUCCCAGAUCAAACUGUAAUUAAGAAAGGCCCCGUGUCCCUGUCCAAGUCCAACAGCAAUGCUGUCUCCGCCAUCCCUAUUAACAAGGACAACCUCUUCGGUGGCGUGGUAAACCCCAACGAAGUCUUCUGUUCAGUUCCGGGUCGCCUGUCGCUCCUCAGCUCCACCUCGAAGUACAAGGUCACGGUGGCGGAAGUACAGCGGCGCCUCUCACCGCCCGAGUGUCUUAACGCGUCGCUCCUGGGCGGAGUACUGCGGAGAGCGAAGUCUAAGAAUGGAGGGAGAUCUUUAAGAGAAAAACUGGACAAGAUAGGAUUGAAUCUGCCAGCAGGGAGACGUAAAGCUGCCAACGUUACCCUCCUCACGUCACUAGUGGAAGGAGAAGCCGUCCACCUAGCCAGGGACUUUGGGUACGUGUGCGAAACUGAAUUUCCUGCCAAAGCAGUAGCAGAAUUUCUCAACCGACAACAUUCCGAUCCCAAUGAGCAAGUGGCAAGAAAAAACAUGCUCCUGGCCACAAAACAGAUCUGCAAAGAGUUCACUGACCUGCUGGCUCAGGACCGAUCUCCCCUGGGGAACUCGCGGCCCAAUCCUAUCCUGGAGCCUGGCAUCCAGAGUUGCUUGACCCACUUCAACCUCAUCUCCCAUGGCUUCGGCAGCCCGGCGGUGUGUGCAGCGGUUACGGCCCUGCAGAACUAUCUCACCGAGGCCCUCAAGGCCAUGGACAAAAUGUACCUCAGCAACAACCCCAACAGCCACACGGACAACAGCGCCAAAAGCAGUGACAAAGAAGAGAAACACAGAAAGUGAGGCUCUCCUCCCGCCCCGCCCCCGCCCGCCUCACCGGCCCGCGUCCCCCCACUCGCCCCUCCCCCACCCGGCAGGUGACAGCUCCGGGACCAGCCACUCCUACUGCUGCUGCUACUCUGCGUUGCCGCGCCGCCCUUCGUCCCCGGAGUCCUCCGGAUUGCUCUCUCGACUGCCAGUGGGGCAGCCGCUGCCUACUCAGCGCCUUGCCUCAACUUCCCCAUCAGUACCAACACCCCCUUUACCCUCGUGUGGAGCCUAAGAGAACAGAACAGGUCGUGAAGCCAGCAAAGAAAAGUUCUGUCGCGUUUGUGAACCUUUUUUUUUUUUAAUCAAAUCGACAACAAACAUUAAAACUUUUUUUUUUUAAAAAGGACGUUAAAAAAUUUAAAAAGUAUAUGAGCUUCAUGGGACUAACUCAUCGCCUUCCCUUGCGUACUUCAGAUUGUAGCCAUACUUUUAAAAAAAAAGGCAAAGAGGAUAAUGACAUUUUUUAUCAGUAUUGUGAAUAAACUUGAACACAAAUACAGAAGUUCUAUGUCCUGUCUUCAGUUGUAGAAGUUGUCUUCUGCAAGGUACAACCACCCACUUGAACUUCCUCUGAUGACACAAUCCACAAUUCUAUAAGGGAAUCAGUGUUCACGUCUCUGUAUAUAUUUAUUUAUGUGUAAUUUAAUGGGAUUUGUAAAUAUGGUGAGUCUGUUUUAAACCUUUUUUUAUUUAUCUGGUGAUCUCGUUUACCUCCUGUUUAGUGGGCUUUGGAUCCUCCCUGUUAGUUCUUCAUGUGGUUUUACUUAGAAAUCCAAGGUUUGGGUAAGACUCCCCCUCCCCACCCCUUUUCUCCAAUUCAUGGAUUUAGCCCCGUGGUAGCAUGUUAAACGAUUAUAAUGAAACAGCUGAACAAAAACAUUUUUAAGGUAAAAUAAAAAUUUAUAUAUAAUUAGUAUUACAUUUAGCUUUUCAUUGAACUGACAGGAAAAAAAUCAGUGAUAUUGGGAGAUUGGAAAAAAAUUUCUUAAACUGGAGUGAUUUGAUAAUCCUUCUAUGGUAUCAUGGGGAGAAAAAUAAAGUUUAUUUGAGUUCACUGUCCUCCCUUAAAAGCAUCCUUCGAGCAAUAAAUGAAUAUUGUCUUUAAACCAAGGGUUAGGGAUUUCUCUUCUCUUCUCUUCUCUUCUCUUCUCUUCUCUUCUCUUCUCUUCUCUUCUCUUCUCUCUCUCUCUCUCUCUCUCUCUCUGCCUUUCUCUCUCUCUUUCUCUGUCUCUCUCUCUCUGCCUCUCUUUGUUCAUCUUUAAACAUUUGGGACCACCUGGGCUUCCUUGUCUUCGCUGGCCACAUUGGAAGCAGUCCUAGCUGCACUGUGUUGAGUUGCUCUGGCAGGAGCCUCUAUGCCUGUCAAUGUAUCAUAGUCCUUUGUUGCCCAGAUAAAUAAAUAUUUGAUACGCUUUAUGUCGAUUUUUUUUUUUAUUCAGUGGCUGUCUUUACCCAGGCGUAUUUUUGUUCUUGGCAGUAUUUUUUAUUCAGUAUGGUUACAGUAAUUGAGUUUAACUCUCCCUUGGCAAUUGCUCUUUGCAAUAAGCAGCUGAACCCAUUGCUUCCCUCAAGUAUAAUAAAAACUUACUUUCAACUUGGAGUUCAGAGCAGGGUAUCAUUUAGAUAUUCCACUGAGUCUGUAUUCAGACAAACGACCCAAUAAAGCCCGAUGUAUUCUUUUGGAUAAAAGAUUGUUUGUACUGCUAAAGGAAUGACAUGCUAUUGCUUCCUGACCGGGGGCAUUAACUUUAUUAUUAAAAAUAAAGUUUUAUUUUAUUUAUGUUGAUCCUUUAGGUUUUCAUUUGCAUUUUGGAAGCCAAAAUUCUAAACUCUCAGAACUAAACAUUAGAAAUGACAGAUCCGGUUGUGAGUGGAGUCAGAACAGAAGAAGCCCUCCCCCCUGAGUGGCUCCAGAAUCUGUCUCAGAAGACAACUGAAACUCAAAUGAUUAGUUCAUUAGUACAAGGAAGAUGGCCGUUACAGUCUUGUUUGCUUAGACUUUUAUGGCUUAAGCUAACUCUCAUUUUUCUGGGAGAAGAAAAGGAAAGGUGGCGGAAAUAUUCAUGGAACCCAGAAAGAGAGGCCAGAUGCCCCAUUUGCUCUAAUAUUUCAUCUAGAGAUGAAUUCACUACUGGAGCCAGAAGAGGGGAGUAGCAAAGUAGGUGGGUCUCUGGAAUCUUUGACACCCCCACCCCAAAUUCAGGCACACCCAAAACCCUUUCUAUCUUGACUGGCUCCUCCCAGGACCUUUUAGAAACACAAAAGUCUCCAAAGUGGACAGGAGAGGGUGGCAGAGGGCCUUCCCCUCCCCCCCCCCCAACCUUCUCUAUCAGUCUUCUACAAUAACAGGACUGCUCUGGGGAAAGGAAGCACCUUCUAGCCCAGGAAGAGGGCGGAUUCAGAGCCCUUUGUAAACGGAAUUUGUAAUUCUUUGCCUUGGAAGUAAGGUGGCUUUUUAUUUUGAUUUAACAUAUGGCUUUGUUGUUGUUGUUGUUGUUGUUAUUAUAACAAAGAAAUAGAGGCUGGCUAGCUGGAGGGCUUAGUGAAAAGCUGUGUAGGUAGGCAUGCUGAGAAGGGCUGGACUUGUGGUCCUGGGCUUUGGCUUCUGGGAAGACUGAGAAGGCAGAGAGCCUCCAUGUGUCCCUCUGCAGCCUUUUCCCUUCUGAUCUCCUUAUGGAAGGCAGUGUAAAAUCAAUCUCCACAAACCAACAAGAGUUGGUGGAGUCUAAAUUCUAUUUUCCAAAGCCAGAGAAUUCAUAACAAUGGUGGGUUAAGAAAAGAGAGAAAGAGAAUUCAGAUGGAAAGUGUAUUCUCAGAACGCAACGCAGCAAUUGUUUUUUAAAGCGGUUAUUUAUUAUUUCCUAGAGAGACUGGUUAACUGUAACGUAGAUGUAAUAAAAUAAUGAGGCGAAUGAACCCUAACUGUACAUACUGUUGACAGAAAUGAAAUGCACACAUCGUCGUAGCAGGUGAAGUGAAGCAUUGUCUAUCAGGACUGUUUUUCUUGGCUGCAUCUCAGAUUGUGGGGGGUGGGAGGGGGAUCCUAACCUCAGGCACAAUAGCAUUCAUAAACAGCCAUCCAUUGCCGAUCUUUCUCCAAUGACACAUAAAUACUCAUUUUAAAACGAAACAAUCUUAUUAAAUACCAUUCAUUCAUAUCUGGAUUUACAGAUGCCUGUUACGUUGGAAAACCUGAACCCAAUAUAAUCUUUGCAUCCCACGAAAGAUGGAAAGGAGAUACUGGCUGGAACAGGACAGGGUAAAAAAUAAACAAUGGUUUUCAAAA